AUGACAAGGGCAAUUAUGUCCUCUGCACAUACAAAAGAUCAAAGUUUUGGUGUGAUUCAAGUGUUUUUGGGGUUACAGGUGCAUGAGAUGCUAUCACAGAUGAACCCCACAUUGGUACCUGUUCUUGCACUAAAGGAACAUAUUGCUUCUGUUACUGUUGUAUUGUCUGAACAGCAACGUUUAAUCUAUCGUGGCAAAGUUCUAAAAGAUGAUCAGCUCCUUUCAGCUUAUCUUUUACAUGGUAAAGUGGUGCAUAAAGUGGGUGUUGUAUCUAUAGGUGUUGGAGGCUUAAAGCUUACUGAAUACCUUAAAGAGCAACUUCGUCUAAGAGAUCUACAUGUUUCUUCAUUAUACACUGUUCGCUCAUUGAAAGAGGCAGUGGCAGAUUCCACUAAGUGUUGCUAUGUUGCCAAAAUGAGAACCGAUCAUACUUGGUUCAGGACAGUUGUGCUGGCUGGAGGCACUGGAUGUUUACCAGGGUUACCAGAUAUACAAGUUGAUGACGAGAACAUUGUUCCAUGA